AUACUUCCAUAAAAUAGACUUUGACACUUGAGCUUUCAAUUUUAAUAAUAUAUUCUUCAUUCUUCCUUCUUCAUUCUUCAUUCCCUUUCUCUCUUUCUUACUAUUAUUUCACACUUCUAUGCACUUCUGUCCCUGUUAUUCCCUAGAAUCUCUCUCUCUGUCUCGUGCACAAAAAAUCACACACACACACACACACACACUAUUGGAUUCCUUGCUUUAGCUUCAAAUUUCUGCUAAUUAAUCUUUUGCUUUCUUUUUUCUCCACCUCAAUUUCGGUUUCGUCUUCUUCCCUCAGUUUCCUAAUCUUUUUUGGUCUCAAGAAACCCUAAUUCUUCUUAAAUUCACGGAUUUUCAAAUACCAUAUUGUAAUUCAGCUUAAAGGUGUUGGAUUUAGGCUGUUUCUGGAGUUGGAAUUUUGGGAAAAUCUGGGAAUUUUAUAAAUUUCUUUAAAAAUUGAUCCUUUUUUGUGUUAAAUUUAAAACCUUAAUUUUCAAAUUUGGUAUCUGUCAUCAGAAUUUGGCUUUGUUUGGUGUUAGAAAGGGUUUGCUGGAUUUCUGGUUUUAAGUUAAGGGAUUUUGUACUUAUUUUAAUAUAUAGUGAAGUUUGUGAAGGAUAAGAAAAUGGAUAAAUACGAGCUUGUGAAAGAUAUAGGGUCAGGGAAUUUUGGUGUGGCAAGGCUGAUGAGGCACAAGGAAACCAAAGAACUUGUGGCAAUGAAAUACAUUGAGAGAGGACAUAAGAUUGAUGAGAAUGUAGCAAGGGAGAUCAUUAAUCAUAGAUCGCUUCGGCAUCCAAACAUAAUUCGAUUCAAGGAGGUGUUAGUGACUCCCACUCAUCUUGCCAUUGUUAUGGAAUAUGCAGCUGGUGGAGAACUGUUUGAGCGCAUUUGCAAUGCAGGAAGGUUUAGUGAAGAUGAGGCUAGGUACUUUUUCCAGCAGCUUAUUUCAGGAGUUCACUACUGUCACAACAUGCAAAUAUGCCAUAGAGAUUUGAAGCUGGAGAAUACGCUUCUUGAUGGAAGUCCAGCUCCACGCUUGAAGAUAUGUGAUUUUGGAUACUCAAAGUCGUCCCUGUUGCAUUCGAGGCCAAAAUCAACUGUUGGGACUCCAGCUUAUAUUGCUCCUGAGGUCCUAUCAAGAAGAGAAUAUGAUGGCAAGCUGGCUGAUGUUUGGUCAUGCGGGGUGACACUUUAUGUGAUGCUGGUUGGGGCAUAUCCUUUUGAAGAUCAGGAGGAUCCGAAGAAUUUUAGGAAAACUAUUCAACGAAUAAUGGCGGUACAGUACAAGAUUCCCGACUAUGUUCACAUAUCACAAGAUUGUAGGCACCUUCUCUCUCGGAUAUUUGUUGCUAAUCCAGCAAGGAGGAUCACAAUCAAAGAAAUCAAGUCUCACCCAUGGUUUUUGAAGAAUUUGCCGAGGGAAUUAACAGAAGCAGCACAGGCAGCUUAUUACAGAAGAGAAAACCCAACAUUUUCACUUCAGAGUGUUGAGGAGAUCAUGAAAAUUGUGGAAGAGGCAAAGACUCCCGCUCCAGCUUCCCGUUCAGUCUCAGGCUUUGGCUGGGGAGGAGAAGAAGAAGAAGAGGAGAAGGAAGGAGAUGUAGAAGAAGAGGAAGAGGAUGAAGAAGAAGAAGACGAAUAUGAAAAGCAAGUGAAGCAGGCACAUGAAAGCGGAGAAGUUCGUCUCACCUAAGUGCACAUUAUCAUCUUUUCUCAUAAAGAACUGUGGACAAACCCCUAGUCCUAAAUUAUCUUUCUUUGGCUUGUGAAAGACUAGCUUUUAGCAUUUCAUGGUUGUGUAGAAGUUGUUUCACCUAGGCCUUACAUUAUCUUUUUUUGCUUGUGGAAAGUUACACUUUCUUUUUAAGUGUGGGGCAUUUCGUGGUUGUGUAAAAUUUAUCUUUCUUGUUGUUUGGAAUUCAAAAAGUCUGUAAAAUUUUCAGAGUUUUUUGGUAAGGAUGCUUGUGAAUUAUGUUACCAUGAGACAAAGGAAAUGGUGCCCUGAAGUUGAGACUCGAA